AUGGUAGCACCAACUCGACCCCCUGCCAAUGGCUUCGUCGCCGUAGCCCGUAAAGUUUACAAUCCAAUUGGCUUUUCCAAAGGCUACAACUUCGUCCUCUGGUUCAUCUUCGCCGGCGCCCUCUUCGGCUUUUCUCUCGCCCGCAUGAUGUUCCUCGACUUCUACGGCGUCUACUGCAAUCCCAACAACAAUGGUGGCGGCGCUGGUCCUGGCGAAUGCUUCUCUUACAAGAGCAAGGAUGUCUACAAAAUUGGUAUCAAGAUACAUCUCUACACUAUCAUCCCCGCUGCCUUUCUUGUCUGCUUUCAGUUUGUACCAUUCAUUCGGCACAAGGCUCUUCUUUUCCAUCGCAUCAAUGGAUACAUCUGUGUUGUUCUUGCUCUUAUCGGAACUGUGGGCGCUAUCAUGAUCGCGCCUGUUUCCUUUGGUGGCUCCCUUAAUAUCAGAGCAUGGAUUGGAACCGCUGCGAUUAUGUUUGUUGGAUCUUUGUUUUUGGCAAUCUGGAACAUCAAGAAGUUGCAGCUCGAGCAGCAUCGUGCUUGGAUGCUUCGCGCCUGGUUCUACGCUGGUUCCAUCAUCACUCUUCGACUCAUCAUGAUUCUUUCUGCUAUGAUCAUGUCCAAGAACCCAUCCUUCCGCGAACCUAUGCAGUGCGACAAGAUUGCCACAUUCUACGAUGACACCGAUGCUUUGGUAGCUGUGUACCCGACAUGCCAAAGUUUGGAUGCUUGGGUAGCAGUCCAGGGCGAUAUGGGUGGUGACAGUGCCGAGAACAUCGCUGCUGCGCUCUCUCUUGGUUUCUCAAUGGGCGUCUGGGUAGCCCUCGCCAUACAUGCUAUUGGCAUUGAAGUAUACCUUCAAUUGACACCUGCUGAGUUUGAGCGUCUUCGCAAGAUUUCUUACCAACGACAACUUGAGAGAGGAUUCAAGAACCCUGGUAGUGCUGGUCUUACUGUUGACCGUCUCGGGGAUUCUGAGAAGUGGUCUCCCGGAAACGAGGUCGCUGCUGCUACUCCUGCUCCCCCUCCUACGAAGCGACAUGACAGCGAUUCUUCAUUCGUGCCUACUCCUUAG